CCCUUGUGCUGGGUUGUUUUUUUUAUUUUAAAGUUACAAAAGACAGGUUCUGGUGUUAGAAUUGAUAAGAAAAUCAAAAUGCAAAUAUACAAGAUAGUUUUGUUUUCCACAUUCAUGUUUACUUUAUUAAAUAAAACUUAUGCGACGUCAUCAAAUUGGGUUGUUACAAAGUUAGAAGAAGAUCCAGACAUUGUAGAUGAACCGUCCAAUAAUAAUUCAGAUUCGUUAUCGAAAUUAAAAUAUAAGACAACUGAAUUAUUACAUAAAGUUAAUAUUAAUAAUACAAAGACAUUAGCAAAUAAUAUAGCAAAUAGGACUAAAAAAGCUUUAAGCAAUGAAAGUGCACAAAAGGUGAAAACUGGAAUUAAAAAUGCAGUCAACUCAACCACAAAUUACGUUAUACAAAAAAGUAAAGGUCAAGAAAAAUAAUCUUUCAAAUAAAAAGUUAAAUUAUUAAUUAUAUAUAUUAUUUAAGGAACGUAAGAAAUGUAUCAAUUAAUAUAACAUUACAUAAUAUUAAUAUUUUAAUAAAUAUUACUAUUACGAUAUAUUUGAAUAAAUUAAUUCAUAAAUCUUAAUAUGUAUAAAUACUAUUUACACAUAUUUACUAAAAAAGUAAACGUUAGAAAUGAUAUAUUAAAUAUAAAGUUAAAUUAUUACUUUUGUAAAUUAUUUAAAGACUAUGUUAAAUAUGUAUCAGCUAAUAUAAUACUACGUUAUAUUGAUAUUUUUAUAAAUAUUACUAUUAAAAUUUAUUUAAUAUUCUUUAUUACCAUAAAAAUGUUCAAUGUGUGUAAAUUAUUAUUUCCAUUCUUAUUGUUUUAAUAAAAUAAUAUCUUUCAAAGCAAUUCAGCAUAGGCGCAGUCUGAGUGGAUACUUAACAGGAUGAAACCAUCCAAAUGCUAAUAGUUACUUAAUAAAAAUACGUUUAAACAGUUACAAGUAAUUUUUUUUUAGUCAAAGAAAAAGUUCAAUUAGAUUUCCAAUAUUUGUUCAAACUGCGCCGAUGCAAUAUACCGAAAACACUUUUACUGUAGCUAGUCUCAAAUGUAUAUAAAAACAUACAAAUCACCACUUUAAAGAAUCUUAUUGAGAUUUUUUUAAUAAUGUUAAUAAAGAUAUACAUAUUUCAAUU